AUGAUUGGUAAGAUCAAGCAUGGAAUAUCGAUGCUUCAAGAUCCAAGUGAGAUUCUGCUUCAAGAUCUUCAACCAGAUUGUCUAGUCACUGAUAUGAUGCUUCCUUGGACUGUGGAAGCAGCGGCAAAACUAGGUGUUCCAAGGUAUUUCUCAAACUGUGCAACUCAUUUUAUCAUGAAGUAUAGACCUCACGAUAAUUUAGUUUCUGAUACACACAAAUUUACGAUUCCUGGUUUGCCUCAUACCAUUGAGAUGGCCCCUCUACAACUUAGUGAUUUUUUAAAGGAAAAGAAUGCUACCACAACUUAUUUUGAAUCAAUUUUUGGAUCUGAGAAAAGAAGCUAUGGAACACUAUACAAUAGUUUUCAUGAACUUGAAAGUGAUUAUGAGAAACUUAGUCAAACUACAAUGGGGAUCAAAUCAUGGAGUGUGGGACCAGUUUCUACAUGGAUUAAUAAAGAUGAUCAUGAAGAAAAAGGCAAUAGAGGACACAUCGAAAAAGAGGGAGAAUUGUUAAGAUGCACGCCUGAUUGCGUACCACAUAGGGCUGCUGCUAUUGAACGCCAAAUAAGGAGUAGUAUAUCGUUAAAGAUAGGACUUGAAAGGUCAAGUUAA